AUGAAUAUGGUAACUUGCAGAGACAGCCCCAUACGAGGUAUGAAAGAUGCACGUUGGAGCCAUUCCCAAAGUGCACUCACUGUGAUGAGAACCCAUGAGUUCUGCCAUUAUUGAAGUGGUAAAGGAGAACUCACCUCGCGACGUUGAGAGAAUCAAUCUCGCUGAUUAACUGUGAGGAUCUUGGCUGCGCAGCCGCCAGCCCUGUUCUCUUCCAACAGCCGCAAUUCAUUAUUUUCUGUGAAAGUUUUUUUCAUUUACCAUUGAAGCAUGUCCUCUCCCAAAUGACAUCAUGAAUUUUAAUUACAAAAAUGGCGACGUGUCAUAUUUUACUGUCAGGUCAUUUUAGCAAAGAACUUGAUUAAACGUUGCACUCUCGUGCUGUACGGAGAUCAGAGGUGAGUUUUUGUUUUAAGCUCAGCCUUCUACUGAACAGAGUUAUGAAAUAUUGCUCUUAAUUGCAUCUCUUAUUGGAAUCCCUGAGAUGCUUGUCUCUGGUGAAAGGGUUCUUCACUUCAAAUCUAGGGAGAGCUGAGAGCAUAUGGAGGGAUGAGUGGAGCAGGGGCGGACUUGGACCAAAAAUCGGUCCUGGCAUUUCUAACAGACUUGGCCAUUAUUUUCCUUGAGGCCCCCACACCAGGACAUUUUUUCCCUCGAGGCCCAACACCGGCCCAUUUUUAGCCAGCAAAUGAUAAUUUUGCACAAAAAAACGAUGUUAGACAGGCUGACUGGUCUAAAAAUGGACGAGCCCAUCUGGCAUUUGCCAGAAAUACCAGAUGGCCAGUCCGCCCCUGGAGUGGAGAACCCUAUAGGGAACAUGAUCACCCAAGGAUCUAUUCUACAACCCUGUCACUGGUUUAGUGCCCUCGCUGCCAAUACUCUGUCCUCUCCUAUGAUUAACCAAAGGUGAUUGACUAGGGAAUGUCCAAUGGGAAUGUGACCCCUACAAUGUUACGGAAGUGCUCUAGUGGAGAUCUCCAUGGACCACCUAGGGAGUUGGAUUAGGUAUCUCAGUGUUCUGAUUUGGUAUAAUUGUGGUCUGGUUAAUAGUCAGUAGACUGACAUUUGCCCAAAAGCUCUGUCUCAGUAGAAAUAAGCUGAGGAGGAGCCCCUAGACAGAGGCACGGUGGGACAGCAUGAAAAGGGCAUGGAGGUGAAGGGAGGUGCUGCAGUGAGGAGCUCACACCCUGAGGGUUUUUACAUAGGGUAGGACUCUCACACUUCAGUGUUGUGAUGCCAAAAUAUUAGCAACAUCCACACAAUCGCUUAUCAUAUCAAUAAUUUAUACUCAGGUCUUAGUAGGCUGCUCAUUACUUAGUGCCCUGAGUUUUCCCUGGUCAGGUCACAUGGUCUGGAAAUACUCCGGGCCCUACUCUUAAUACAGACAAAUUGUGAAUGAAGAGAGUAAGUCAAGUAUGGAAGCCUCCAGUCUCCAGACACAUGUUCACAUCCAGGUAAGUCUGAUGACAAGACGCUUAGAAUGUUGGUCUGUUGUUCAUUCUCAAUGUGUUACCACCAUCAAUCCAUCUUUAUGUCUCAAAGCAAAUUCUCCAUUGAUCUAUUCCUCUGUACAGUAGCUAUAGCUGCAACAAAUGACUACUAUAUUUAUUGAAUUCCUGCAUAAUGAUUGCCGGGGGAUCUUGCUAAUGGUAUUGACUCACUCAAUUACUAUUUGUUAUAGUGAAAGAUAGUUCAUUAUGAAAACGAGGCACUAGAAUCACAGCGUACUAUUCUACGUGUCCCGUGUUCUGAUUAGACUUGCACGCUUCAUUUAAUUUAUGAUUCCAGUCAGGGAAUUUCCCCGGGCAUAGGCACGGGUGGGCCUGAGUGGGCCCAGGCCCACCCACUGGGGAGCCAGGUCCACCCAAUCAGAUUGAGCAAAAAGAAAUCAGCACACCUAUAUUUUAGCUUUAAUAAUCUUUAAAAAUGCUAAAUCUCUCAGCCUCAUGGCAAAAUGUGUAGAAUAGCAUGAUAAGCUAUACAACUGCACAUUUUCCUCUCUGCCCCAUGGCAAAAUGUGCAGAAUUGCAGGUAAUUAGCUUUAAAACAGCCACAUUUUUCUCUUUGCCCCAUGGCAAAUUAUGUAAAAUUGCAAGAAGUUAGCCACUUUCUAAAAAUGCUUUUCUGGCUAUGCCAUGGCCCAGCUAGACCUAAAUAAAUGCCUCACAUCUCAGCACUCUGUACAUCUAUAGUCACAUACUGUUGUUUAGUGUUUCCCUAUGCCAAGGGAUACAUCAAUAUAAGUAGGUCUCUAAUGGCUGAAUUGAUGAGUCUUAAUUGGCAUUGAUGUGGUUCACUUAUGUGGUUCACAGAUAAUGACCCUGUCCUGUCACUAUGGGUGGCUACUGACUAGCCAUUUAUGCAGCUGUUGUAUUGUAUGAAGAUCUUCAGAAUGUUUUUGUCAUCAAUUUAAUAUUGUCUGUAAACUAACUCACACUCAACAAAUCAUACGGUUAUUUCACAAUAUUUUCCUUGCAUUGAUAUUGAUCAACCACCAGUCCAUGGCUGGAUGUAAUGGAUUUGCUCUCCUGCCUCUGCCCCCGAGGAAAGAAAAACUAUCAGAAAUGCAUUAAUCUUAUGAGUCAUACUUCAAGGUUCGCACUAGCUAGCUAUUCAAAAAUUAUGUUAGAGAGAUUGGAAAUUCUUAAACUUGUCAUGUCAUUGACUCAGACCCAGUUUGAUGCCUGUGCUUGUCCAGUGUGUUGUCUCACUCUGUUGUACACUCCUGGCUAUGGGCUUAUGAGCACACACACACACACACACACACACACACACACACACACACACACACACACACACACACACACACACACACACACACACACACACACACACACACAGUGCUGUAGUUUGGAAAUUGUGUAAACGAGCAGCUCUUUGUGUGGUUUGCUGACUCAUCCUACCUGUCUGAUCCCUGAUGGCCUGUCGUGUCACUGCUCAGCUGUGGAGGCAUGAGGCUCCGCUACCCCUCUACCCUGGGCCUGUGUGUGUGUGUGCUUGCCUGCAUGCGUGCAAGCAGGUGUGCGUAUGGAAUGUGUGUGUGUGUAUCGUUACUCAUUGUGUAUUUAGUCCUUGUGUUAUUUUUUUCUUUAUUAUUUCUCUUUUUUUAUCUCUGCAUUUUCGGGAAGUAAGCAUUUCACCUGUUGUUUACGAAGCAUGUGACAAAUAAAAAUGGAUUUGAUUUGAAUGUAUGUCCGUUUGUGGGUGUGUGUGUGCUUCUUUCUGGUGCACCAGGCACUUUUAGUUAACCCUCACCGGAAGCCCCAGACAGAGAGAGGCACACGAGGUCCUACGGUUGCCGAGAUGUUUGGAUCAGAGUCCCUAAGGGAAAUAGAGAAAGAGCAGAGCAGAGGCAAACAGUCAGUGAAUGACAAGUGCAGCAUGUGAUGAAAACAACAGCAGAACCAGACUCCUCCUGCUAACAUCAGCUACCAUGCAUAAUGCUUGUUCGUCCACUGCCUGUGUUCCAGUAGAGCUGUAAAGCUGUAGUGGGUAAAGUAAACAAGGCCAUGUUAGCCUGACAGUAUUUUACUGCUGUGGGUGACCCAUAGAGUUCUGCAUUCACAGUUCGUAUCUGCAUUCUGCACAGACUACAUGCUUUUAAAGACUUUAUUUAUCCCUAUGGAACUUCAUUUGUGGUGUCAGAUACAACCAUAUACAAGUAAUUGCAAUCACACAUAACAAUGCAUUUUUCUUCCUCGCUUUGCAAUUUUGACAUGUUUUACUGCUAUUAAAUGACCAUGAUGGCAUGGUGUGCAGCAUAGUUUUAUGCAUGCUAUUAAUACUUUGGAUCAAGUCUGUACAGUGUGUGUGUGCUCUCUGAAUAGCCAGUGAGUUGUAAGGUUGAGUUGGCUUACAGUGUGUGAUGGCUGUAGCCCCGGGUCUAUGUCAUUUGAAGGGUGGGUCUGACACUGGGCAUGAUUGCGUUUUGCCACAAAACGUGUUAAUGCAGGUCAAAGCCAAGACUCUGUUCUCCUUGGCUGUGACUCAGGCCUGCCAAAACGCACAACCUCUGUCUGCUGAAGAAAAACAGAGAGCGUGUACAGACAGAUAUUCAGCUGAAGUGGCGCGCUCCAAUAAUACUGUUAUAAAAUGUAUUAUAAACUGGGUGGUUCGAGCCCUGAAUGCUGAUUGGCUGACAGACGUAGUAUAUCAGACCGUAUAUCAUGGGUUUGACAAAACAUAUAUUUUUACUGCUCUAAUUACAUUGGUAACCAGUUUAUAAUAGCAAUAAGGCACCUUGGGGGCUGGCGGUAUAUGGCCAAUAUACCACGGCUAAGGGCUGUAUCCAGGCACUCCGCGUUGCGUCGUGUUUAAGAACAGCCCUUAGGCGUGGUAUAUUGGCCAUAUACCACACCCCCUUGUGCCUUAUUGCUUAAACACGUCUCAGUACUACCCAUCACAUCACCUUGUGUUAUGACAUUUGUUUUUAUGUUUGCCUCCCCAGAGACGUUCAUUUCAUAUAGUUUAUUAUCAAAUGUGGAAGUAAACAUCAUAUAUAAUAGAAAUGGGCCUGUAACUUUUCAAAUGUUCCCUUUAGUCGAAUAAUUAAAGCUAAGCUCAACUCUGUCGACAUUAAAAAAAACUCUGCUUCACUGCUGCAUUGACGUCAUCUCGUCUCCCUACACUGUUGUGAUAGUUACCACGGUAAUUCAGCUGUGCCUGUGUUUGUGUCCUAAUCACUGGCUGUCCUGUCAGAACCUAUGAAGUAAUCAACUGUUCUUCCCCACUUCCAUGGAAUAAAAAGGCAUCUGGCUGCAUUGUACACAUUGUGCGCGUCCCAAAUGAAAUCCUAUUCCCUAUAUAGUGCACUACUUCAGAACAGAGCCCUAUGGGCCCUGGUCAAAAGUGGUGCACUGUAAAGGGAAUAGGGUGCCACCUGGAUCGCACCCACUGAACAAUGAUGGUGGUCUGAUUGAAAAGUUUCCAUGAAAGCCUUUUUACCCCCAGGUUCUCAGGUUACUGAUGACAGAUAUCAGUUAACAGACCACCCCCUAUUUAUCUCAAUCUAAAAUAUAUUUUCAGCUAUUCACUGUAUAAUGGGACUAUAUUUGGACAGUACAGUAGCAAUCAUUGCAUUCUCCUGAUUGCUUUUAGUUAGUAGCAUACAGGACUGAAUUAGUAUGUUUUACAUGUUUCAGAUUUUUCAAACAAGGCUGUAAGUCGAUCAGAAUAGGCACUACCAGCAUAGGGAGUCUUUUCCAUAGAAAUAAAACUAAAUCUAUGGUCUGUUCACUCACAAGGCAAUGCUCACUGCUUACAUAGAAGUGAGUUACAGGCUAUGCCUGCCUUUUCAUAUCCUGUUGUUACCACCUUAUCAAGCUGCCAGACCCCAGUGACUUGUAAUAACUGAUGAUGAAAAGAUCAAGUAUAUUUCCAGUAACACUGUCCAGACUUAUAUUGGAUGUGUUUCACUCAUACGAUAUUAUAACUGCGAUCGAUAAUAGACAGUACUGUGCAGCCGUCUUCAUCGACCUGGCCAAGGCUUUCGACUCUGUCAACCACCGCAUUCUUAUUGGCAGACUAAAUAGCCUUGGUUUCUCAAAUGACUGCCUCGCCUGGUUCACCAACUACUUCUCAGAUAGAGUUCAAUGUGUAAAAUCGGAGGGCCUGUUGUCUGGACCUAUGGCAGUCUCUAUGGGGGUACCACAGGGUUCAAUUCUUGGGCCGACUCUUUUCUCCGUGUAUAUCAAUGAUGUCGCUCUUGCUGCUGGUGACUCUCAGAUCCACCUCUACGCAGACGACACCAUUUUGUAUAGAUCUGGCCCUUCAUUGGACACUGUGUUAACAAACCUCCAAAUGAGCUUCAAUGCCAUACAACACUCCUUCAGUAGCCUCCAACUGCUCUUAAACACUAGUAAAACUAAAUGCAUGCUCAUCAAUCGAACGCUGCUGGCACCCGCCCACCCGACUAGAAUCACUACUCUCAACGAGUAUGACCUAGAGUAUGUGGACAACUACAAAUACCUAGGUGUCUGGUUAGACUGUAAACUCUCCUUCCAGAAUCACAUUAAGCAUCUCCAAUCCAAAGUUAAAUCUAGAAUCGGCUUCCUAUUUCGCAACAAAGCCUCCUUCACUCAUGCUACCAAACAUGCCCUCGUAAAACGUACUAUCCUACCGAUCCUUGACUUCGGCGAUGUCAUUUACAAAAUAGCCUCCAACACUCUACUCAGCAAAUUGGAUGUAGUCUAUCACAGUGCCAUCCGUUUUGUCACCAAAGCCCCAUAUACUACCCACCACUGUGACCUGUAUGCUCUUGUUGGCUGGUCCUCACUACAUAUUCGUCGCCAAACCCACUGGCUCCAGGUCAUCUAUAAAUCACUGCUAGGCAAAUCCCCGCCUUAGCCUUAGCUCAUUGGUCACCAUAGCAACACCCAUCCGUAGUAUGCGCUCCAGCAGGUAUAUCUCACUGGUCAUCCCCAAAGCCAACACCUCCUUUGGCUACCAUUCCUUCCAGUUCUCUGCUGGCAAUGACUGGAACGAAUUGCAAAAAUCUCUGAAGCUGGAGACUCUUAUGUCCCUCACUAACUUUAAGCAUCAGUUGUCAGAGCAGCUUACCGAUCACUGCACCUGUACACAGCCCAUCUGAAAUUAGCCCACCCAACUACCUCAUCCCCAUAUUGUUAUUUAUUUUGCUCAUUUGCACCCCAGUAUCUACUUGCACAUCAUCUCUUGCACAUCUAUCAUUCCAGUGUUAAUACUAAUUUUAAUUAUUUUUCACUAUGGCCUAUUUAUUGCCUUACCUCCACAACUUGCUACAUUUGCACACACUGUAUAUAUAUUUUCUGUUGUAUUUUUGACUUUAUGUUUUGUUUUACCCCAUAUGUAACUCUGUGUUGUUGUUUUUAUCGCACUGCUUUGCUUUAUCUUGGCCAGGUCGCAGUUGUAAAUGAGGCAACAUCAGUUGAAGCUAAAGCUGAUGAACUGCAGAUACAGAUGACAAAUAUCAAUGUGACAAGCCUGGCCUUGGGGAGUUAAUGCAAGUCUUUAGGUCUUAGGGAAAGUUACUCAUCACACAAGCAUGGUUCAAUGAACCACCUCCCUUACAAAUGCUACUUUCUCAACCUCCCAUGUUUUCUUUUACAGGCUGUAUGCUGUGUUUUGGCCAGUCAGCCUUUUUCCGCUUCAACCACCCAGAGGAGGCGUUCAGGAUGAAGAGCAUGAUGCCAGAGGGAAGCAAGGGCUCCGGUGGGAACUACAGAAUCCACUCAGGUAAUACAGUACUGUCACAGGUAAUACAGUACUGUCACAGGUAAUAUAGUACUGUCACAGGUAAUACAGUACUGUCACAGGUAAUAUAGUACUGUCACAGGUAAUACAGUACUGUCACAGGUAAUAUAGUACUGUCACAGGUAAUAUAGUACUGUCACAGGUAAUAUAGUACUGUCACAGGUAAUACAGUACUGUCACAGGUAAUAUAGUACUGUCACAGGUAAUAUAGUACUGUCACAGGUAAUAUAGUACUGUCACAGGUAAUAUAGUACUGUCACAGGUAAUAUAGUACUGUCACAGGUAAUACAGUACUGUCACAGGUAAUACAGUACUGUCACAGGUAAUGUAGUACUGUCACAGGAAAUACAGUACUGUCACAGGUAAUAUAGUACUGUCACAGGUCAUACAGUACUGUCAUGACACACUCAAGGUAAAGGCCCUACCGUUGUAUGAACUAAUCAUGUCGAAACAUUUACUGAAAAAUUAAGCAGAAAAUCAAAUGUAGAUGUCUGUCUGGAUAUUACAAGAUACAUUUUGUGAGCACUUCACCUGAACCCUCUUAAAUACAAAGCUUACAUAAUACUCCGAAUACAUGGCCGAUAUCAGCUUAUGGCGAUCAACGUUGGAGUGCAAUGACACACACUUAAUAUAAACUCCUGGGGUAAAUCUAAAGGUAAGCAAAGGGUUAAAAGCAAAGUAUUUUAAAGACAUUUUGAAUACCCAGUCAAAUGAAAAGACACUGAAUAAACAUGGCUACACUUCCUCCACCAAGGUCCUUGUUUCUGUGUCGCCACACAGAUGAAUGGCUCAGAUGGUUACAGUGGCUAAGGAGGCAGCUCCCCUAUAGGUGCUGAGUUCCACACGCCACAGAAGGCCCCCUAUUGCCUUUCCAUUUCCGUCCUGGGUGGAGACAGGGUGCAACAGAACCCUGGCUGCCUAGGCCUGCUGGCCCUGGUUUCACACCAUGCAUGUUUUAUGAGCAUCUCAUUCCUCUCUGGGUCUCUAGGCAGAAGUGUUCAGCUGCCUAGCCCUGCCUGUCCUCUCAUCGCAGGCACAGUGGAGUGUGUUUCCCCUUCUUGGCCGCCUUUGGGGGAUCUGGGGGAUCUGUCCCAGCAUCUUGUUAUUUCCUUAUUUUUUUGCGCGUUGACGAUGUGCCACCGGUGUAUUGCGCAUAUACAUAUUGGGUGUUGAACUUCCUGGUUUGGUAAUUAAUGCUUUCCGAUGUUGUUUAAAAGGCUUGAUUUCUCCUUAGAUGUGCAUUCCUUGGUGUGGUCGCUAGAGAGGGUCUGUUCUUACCCUUGGCGUACUUAAACUGGUUAUUAUUGUGUGUCACAUUAAGGUUGAUAGAUUUUAUUUAUGAGUAGGAUUUCUAAGACAUUCUAGUGCUUGCUUGGUAACCCCCACUCACAUAUAGUACAUUGCAGUAAGCCUAUACAGUAGUUAGAGUUCUGACAGGCACUAGUCUCUUCUGCCACCCUCAGUGAGCAGCUCUGACACAUUUCCUACCAGGCUCAUUCGUAUGCUAGCCAGGCACACAGCUUUGUUGGCUACGCACUACUUAUUCUAAGUUGAGGGGUAUCUUCUCCUGUUUCUAUUUUUAGACCUCCACCCUAUUCUACUAUCUUCCAUCUCCCACUUCCUGGUGUUUCUUGAACCUUUCCUGCACCGCACCCUUUCCCUGUGUAUUUUAGGUUAAAAGAGGGGAUUUAAAUGCCCUCUCUAUCUUAAUGAUCUCUUGGCCACAUCGCUUCCAUCUUAAUAUCCCAUCAUUUCAAAUGGUUAGGCUCUGCCUACAAAGUCUGAUAUAGCUUACACAUUCCACAACUGUUAUUUGAUGCAGUCAAAAUCCAUUGGUUCAUUGUCUAUGCAGUAAAAAGUACAAUAGGCAAGGAAAUAUAUAACCUUUUAGAUAAUUAUUGAGUGAGUUUUUGUGUGUUGAAGUAUCAGUGUGUGUAGUGUGUAGAUUCAUGUGAGUGUGCAUAGAGACAGUGCAAAAAUAAAAAUAAAAUACAAAGGUCAACUCAGAUAGUCUGUGUAGCCAUUUUGUUAGCUAUUUAAUUAGCUAUUUAGCAGUCUUAUGACAUGGGGAUAGAAGCUGUUCAGGAGCCUGUUGGUGUCAGACCGGAUGCACCGGUACCGCUUGCCAUGCGGAAGCAGAGAGAACAGUCUAUGGCUUGGGUGGCUGGAGUCUUUAACGAUUUUCCGGCCCUUCCUUUCACACCUCCUGAUAUAGAGGUCCUGGAUGGCAGGGAGCCCGGCCCCAGUGAUGUACUGGGCUGUCCGCACCACCCUCUGUAGUGCCAUGUGAUCGAGGGCGGUGCUAUUGCCAUACCAAGCAGUGAUGCAGUCAGUCAAGAUGCUCUCAAUGUAGAACUUUGUAGAAUUUUUUGAGGAUUUGAGGGCCUAUGCCAAUCCUUUUCAACCUCCUGAGGGGGAAGAGGCGCUGUCGCGCCUUCUUCACGACUGUUCACACGUGUGUGGACCAUUUUAAGUUCUUUGUGAUUUGGACACCGAGGAACUUGAAGCUCUCGACCAGCCCCGCUGAUGUGGAUGGAGACGUGCUCGCCCCCCGGUUUCCUGUAGUCCACGAUCAGCUCCUUGGUCUUACUGACAUUGAGGGAGAGGUUGUUGUUGGGGUCCCACACUGCCAGGUCACUGACCUCCUCCCUGUAGGCUGUCUCAUCGUCGCCAGUGAUCAGGCCUACCACCGUUGUGUCGUCAGCAAACUUGAUGAUGGAGUUGGAGUCAUGCGUGGCCACGCAGUCGUGGGUGAUCAGGGAGUACAGGAGGAGACUAAGCACACACCCCUUUGUGGCCCCUGUGUUGAGGGUCAGCGUGGCGGAGUUUAUGUUGCCUACCCUCACCACCUGGGGUCGGCCCGUCAGGAAGUCCUGGAUCCAGUUGCAGAGGGAGGUGUUCAGUCCCAGGGUCCUAAACUUGGUGACGAGCUUGGAGGGGACAAUGGUGUUGAAUGCUGAGCUGUAUUUAAUGAACAGCAUUCUCACAUUGUUAUUCCUCUUAUCUAGGUGGGUGAGGGCAGUGUGGAGUGCAACUGAGAUUGCGUCAUCUAUUGAUCUGUUGGGGCAUUAUUGCAAAUUGGAGUGGUUCUAGGGUGUCUGGGAUGAUGGAGUUGAUGUGAGCCAUAACCAGCCUCUCAAAGCACUUAAUGAUUACAGAUGUGAGUGCUACAGGGCGGUAGUCAUUGUGGCAUGAAGCCUUAGAGUUCUUAGGAACAGGAAUGAUGGUGGUCAUCUUAAAACAUGUGGGGAUUACAGACUGGGACAAGGAGAGGUUGAAAAUGACCGUGAAUAUACCUGCCAGCUGUUCUGCGCAUGCUCUGAGAACGCGCCCUGGAAUACCAUCGUGCCCCGCGGCCUUGCAGGUAUUUACCUGAUUAAAGACUUUACUCACGUUGGCCUUGGAGAGCGAGAUCAACCUCAAUCUUCUGGGUCGGUGGCGGCCCUCACACCCGGUACGAUGUUGUUAUUGUCAAAGCGUGCAUAGAAUGCAUUGAGUUCGUCUGGAGAGAGGCAUCGUUGGGCAGAUCACGGCUGGGUCUUCCUUUGUAAUCCGUAAUGGACUGUAGCCCCUGCCACAUGCGGUGGGCAUCGGAGCCUGUGUAAUAUGAUUCCACCUUAUUCCUAUAUUGUCCUUUUGCUCAUUUGAUGACUGCGGAGGUCGUAGUGGGACUUCUUGUACUUGUUCCUGUCCUCAGCCGUAGCCUCAGGGUUGUCUGCGACACUACAUCCCUAUUUAGUUUAUAGCCUACAGUGAAACAUAAUAACCAUGGAUGUUGCAACUAAUUUACCCUAUUAUUCAUAGUGUCCAGUAAUAUGUAAUAUUAUUGGCUAGACCUGGGCCCAAAUAAUGCUGUGAACUGACUUUUUAAAGGUCCAAUGCAGACGUACUUAUCUCAAUAUCAAAUAAUGUCUGAGUAACAAUUAAGUACCUUACUAACCACGUUUCCAUCCACAGAUUUUAUGUGAGGAAAGUCAUAUCGUAUUUUUAAAAACGACACAUGAGAUGGAAACGGCUUUAUGCGCAAAUAUUGAUAUAAUAACCAUCAAAUCGAAGUAAAUUUGGAGUCACGUGAUCAUAUGUGUGUGGUCCUCCCACUACAACUCGGGAAAGCAUACAGUUUAUUGGGCUACAGAUUAAAUAAAUUAUGAUGAACUUCACAGGGUGGUGAAAGUCCAAGGUGAUGAGCUUGAUGCUGCUUUCCAAUAAAUAUCGAGGGUCUUAUUCUGGUGAAAUUAUCGAUGCUUGACUGCUGUUUGACAAAUACAAAUAUUCUCGCUCUUAUCCAUAAUAAUCUCAUCAUGUAGACUAGCCAACCCGCACAGCCUACCCCCACUGUAUCUGUGAGCUGUUGGCUAGAGCAGGUGCCCAGACCAGAUUUGGCAUAUUUGCUAACAGAACAGUUUUUGUGACAAUUAUCUGUAGAGUUUAAAAUGCGAUGGAAACACAUGAUUUUUAUUCGGUACAUGAAAAUGUAAGCGAAAAAAUACAUUUUGUGUGGACUGUCAUCACGCACUGAUGUCUGUUUGGUAAAAAAUGUGCAUAUUUUCUUUAUGCAGAUUCUAGAAUAUUUGCAUGAAAAUCUGUCGUCAAUUGGAUGAAAACCUAGCUACUGUGAUUGUUUUAAAUUAAAAUGCAAUUUCUCAUGCACAAUUUAGCUAGGACUGUCUGGGAGUGAUUUGAGUUAGGGAUCUAAUUGGAGGAGCCUAAUGGGAGGGAUACAGUGGGGGGAAAUUUUAUUUAGUCAGCCACCAAUUGUGCAAGUUCUCCCACUUAAAAAGAUGAGAGAGGCCUGUAAUUUUCAUCAUAGGUACACGUCAACUAUGACAGACAAAUUGAGAAAAAAAAUUUCCAGAAAAUCACAUUGUAGGAUUUUUUAUGAAUUUAUUUGCAAAUGAUGGUGGAAAAUAAGUAUUUGGUCACCUACAAACAAGCAAGAUUUCUGGCUCUCACAGACCUGUAACUUCUUCUUUAAGAGGCUCCUCUGUCCUCCACUCGUUACCUGUAUUAAUGGCACCUGUUUGAACUUAUUAUCAGUAUAAAAGACACCUGUCCACAACCUCAAACAGUCACACUCCAAACUCCACUAUGGCCAAGACCAAAGAGCUGUCAAAGGACACCAGAAACAAAAUUGUAGACCUGCACCAGGCUGGGAAGACUGAAUCUGCAGCUUGGUUUGAAGAAAUCAACUGUGGGAGUAAUUAUUAGGAAAUGUAAGACAUACAAGACCACUGAUAAUCUCCCUCGAUCUGGGGCUCCACGCAAGAUCUCACCCCGUGGGGUCAAAAUGAUCACAAGAACGGUGAGCAAAUAUCCCAGAACCACACGGGGGGACCUAGUGAAUGACCUGCAGAGAGCUGGGACCAAAGUAACAAAGCCUACCAUCAGUAACACACUACGCCGCCAGGGACUCAAAUCCUGUAGUGCCACACGUGUCCCCCUGCUUAAGCCAGUACAUGUCCAGGCCCAUCUGAAGUUUGCUAGAGUGCAUUUGGAAGAUCAAGAAGAGGAUUGGGAGAAUGUCAUAUGGUCAGAUGAAACCAAAAUAGAACUUUUUGGUAAAAACUCAACUCGUCGUGUUUGGAGGACAAAGAAUGCUGAGUUGCAUCCAAAGAACACCAUACCUACUGUGAAGCAUGGGGGUGGAAACAUCAUGCUUUGGGGCUGUUUUUCUGCAAAGGGACCAGGACGACUGAUCCGUGUAAAGGAAAGAAUGAAUGAGGCCAUGUAUCGUGAGAUUUUGAGUGAAAACCUCCUUCCAUCAGCAAGGGCAUUGAAGAUGAAACGUGGCUGGGUCUUUCAGCAUGACAAUGAUCCCAAACACACUGCCCGGGCAACGAAGGAGUGGCUUCGUAAGAAGCAUUUCAAGGUCCUGGAGUGGCCUAGCCAGUCUCCAGAUCUCAACCCCAUAGAAAAUCUUUGGAGGGAGUUGAAAGUCCAUGUUGCCCAGCGACAGCCCCAAAACAUCACUGCUCUAGAGGAGAUCUGCAUGGAGGAAUGGACUUACAGAAAACGUUUGACCUGUGUCAUUGCCAACAAAGGGUAUAUAACAAAGUAUUGAGAAACUUUUGUUAUUGACCAAAUACUUAUUUUCCACCAUAAUUUGCAAAUAAAUUCAUAAAAAAUCCUACAAUGUGAUUUUCUGGAUUAUUUUUUUCUCAUUUUGUCUGUCAUAGUUGACGUGUAUCUAUGAUGAAAAUUACAGGCCUCUCUCAUCUUUUUAAGUGGGAGAAGUUGCACAAUUGGUGGCUGACUAAAUACUUUUUUCCCCCACUGUAUGUAACCUGAAAACUAGAUGUUAUUGGCAGAGAGGUUUGAAACUCUCUUUGUUAAUGGUCUAUUAACUUAUACUGCCUGGUGAUGUCUUGAGGCAGGCCAAAACUCCACCCAUACAAAAUGAGUUGAAAUUUCAGGCAGUCUUUUUCAAACUACUCUUAAGCGCAAAUGGUAUUAUCACCAUUUAGACAAUUUCACAGUAAUAUUCCAUGUUCAUAGUGUGGAAAUAUAUUAUAAAACACAGAAAAAUGACGUUUUUGACAGCACUGCCCCUUUAAGAAGAAAAACAGACGACAUAGUUCCCGCCCCUUUAAAUUUACCAGGCGGUCACAUCAGCACGGUGGACAGGGAAGGGAGGGGGGGACGCGAGCUAGCAGCCAUCCGGCUGGAAUAUCACGUCGGCAGAGGCUCUCUCAACCUUCCCGGGUGCAGAGAGCCGGGUAGGCUACGGUAAAGGCAGCUUUAUUGAGGUAGAAAUGCCGGGCUCCAGCGAUUGGGUUUUAGCUGGGUUAUAAAUUAUUAUAAACGUCUUAGUCGCAAGCUUACCCAUUCAUGUAAGUACUGAUAAUUAUUAUUAUUAUUGCCGCUUUGGUGUUGGACAUAUAGGGUCGGUCUAGGGACAGAGACGAAUGUAUUUUCACGGUCAUUCUCUUAAGUUUUUGACAUUGUGGGUCUAUUCAUAUUCUGAGACGUUUGACAAUUGAAAUGCUGGUGACAUCCUAAGACCAUGUGGCCUUUUCUGUGCUGAGAAAAUAACGGGGGAAAAUUAAUAACCGAAAAAUAUCCAUAUAAUUGUAAUUUACACAAAUGUAUUGGGGCCAUAUGAUGGUCGUGCUGUCACUCAAAACGACAUGAUGCUUGGAUAGUUUUUCUGCUUGGCAUAAGAAGAGCUCUGGUUGAGUCAUUGUAGAAAGACCAGGCAGAAAGGCUACUCCCAGCUCUUUGCUGAACAAAUAGUGGUUAUGCAUUAUUUGUAAAGCCUCUUCAUCAUCCAGGGCAAUGAGAUAAUCUUUAUGAAUAGAAAGCAAAAUCACAUAACAAUCUUAAUUAAAUAUCUUAUUUACUGCUGCCUCAAUUUGUCGGGCAUGGACUCGACAAGGUGUUGAAAGCGUUCCACACGGAUGCUAGCCCAUGUUGACUCCAAUGCUUGAUACACACAGGAACUGUUGAACAUUAAAAACCCAGCAGCGUUAUUUUCACAUACAUCGAAUAGGUGCAGUGAAAUGUGUUGUUUUACAGGGUCAGCCAUAGUAGUACGCCACCCCUGGAGCUAAUUAAGGAUAAGUGCCUUGCGGCUCGGGUAUUCGAACCAGGGACCUUUCGUUUACUGGCCCAACGCUCUAACCACUAGGUUACUUGCCAUCAUACUAAUGAUGGCAUUGCUUAUUCCUGGUUGCAGCCUAUUAGCAUAGCAUAUCAUAUUAAUACACCUGGAUGUCCCCUUGUGCUCCCUAAUCUACCACGUUGACAUUAUGGGGAGGCUGCGGGUUGACUGAGAUUUCGAUUGAAUUACAACUGUGCCCUGGCCUGCACUGCUCUUCAGCCACACAGUAAUUGGGUUAUACUGGCACAUUUUUCCCUCAAUCUUUCCAAAGCCUGUCUUUUGCUGCCUCUGUCUCUCACUCUCUCUCAAUCUCGCUCCCUCUGUUUCCCGCUCUCUCUGUCUCUGUUUCUCUCACUCUUUCUCUGUUUCUAUGUCUCUGUAUCUCUCUCUCUCUCUCCUCCCUCCUUAUUUACAUUAGCAUUUCUUCAUGCAAAUUGUGAUUUGGGUAAAUGAAGUUGGGCAGCUGGCGGGUUUAAAUUUAGAAGCGCUUUAAGAUAAUUGAUUGAUUGACGUUUGGCCAACCUUUAAAACAUAAAACCCAAUUGUAGGUACUUGUGCUAAGGGAUUAGGUUAUAUCAUAAAAGUAACAAGGCACUUUAUAUUAAUGAGAGGUGGUGCAACCGUAAGAUACAGUCCAUUUAUGAACUUUAUCGUCCAUUAAAAUCUCUCAACGUCAUCUCAUUAUCUAUUCAGCUCUUAGAGCUUAUGUCUGUUUCUAUUUGUCAUAUAUUCCAUUUUCAGGGAUAUACCAUACUGUAAAUAUUGCACAUUUUGGUAUCUAUACUGUAUAAUAUAUGCACAAUAUAUAUAUAUAUAACUGUUUUAGAACACCUACUCAUUCAAGGGUUUUUCUUUAUUUUGACUAUUUUCUACAUUGUAGAAUAAUAGUGAAGACAUCAAAACUAUGAAAUAACACAUAUGGAAUCAUGUAGUAACCAUAAGUGUUAAACAAAUCAAAAUACACACUGCUCAAGAAUAAAGGGAACACUUAAACAACACAUCCUAGAUCUGAAUGAAUGAAAUAAUCUUAUUAAAUACUUUUUUCUUUACAUAGUUGAAUGUGCUGACAACAAAAUCACACAAAAAUUAUCAAUGGAAAUCAAAUUUAUCAACCCAUGGAAGUCUGGAUUUGGAGUCACCCUCAAAAUUAAAGUGGAAAACCACACUACAGGCUGAUCCAACUUUGAUGUAAUGUCCUUAAAACAAGUCAAAAUGAGGCUCAGUAGUGUGUGUGGCCUCCACGUGCCUGUAUGACCUCCCUACAACGCCUGGGCAUGUUCCUGAUGAGGUGGCGGAUGGUCUCCUGAGGGAUCUCCUCCCAGACCUGGACUAAAGCAUCCGCCAACUCCUGGACAGUCUGUGGUGCAACGUGGCGUUGGUGGAUGGAGCGACACAUGAUGUCCCAGAUGUGCUCAAUUGGAUUCAGGUCUGGGGAACGGGCGGGCCAGUCCAUAGCAUCAAUGCCUUCCUCUUGCAGGAACUGCUGACACACUCCAGCCACAUGAGGUCUAGCAUUGUCUUGCAUUAGGAGGAACCCAGGGCCAACCGCACCAGCAUAUGGUCUCACAAGGGGUCUGAGGAUCUCAUCUCGGUACCUAAUGGCAGUCAGGCUACCUCUGGCGAGCACAUGGAGGGCUGUGCGGCCCCCCAAAGAAAUGCCACCCCACACCAUGACUGACCCAUCGCCAAACCGGUCAUGCUGGAGGAUGUUGCAGGCAGCAGAACGUUCUCCACGGCGUCUCCAGACUCUGUCACAUGUGCUCAGUGUGAACCCGCUUUGAAGAGCACAGGGCGCCAGUGGCGAAUUUGCCAAUCUUGGUGUUCUCUGGCAAAUGCCAAACGUCCUGCACGGUGUUGGGCUGUAAGCACAACCCCCACCUGUGGACGUCGGGCCCUCAUACCACCCUCAUGGAGUCUGUUUUCUGACCGUUUGAGCAGACACAUGCACAUUUGUGGCCUGCUGGAGGUCAUUUUGCAGGGCUCUGGCAGUGCUCCUCCUGCUCCUCCUUGCACAAAGGCAGAGGUAGCGGUCCUGCUGCUGGGUUGUUGCCCUCCUACGGCCUCCUCCACGUCUCCUGAUGUACUGGCCUGUCUCCUGGUAGCGCCUCCAUGCUCUGGACACUACGCUGACAGACACAGCAAACCUUCUUGCCACAGCUCGCAUUGAUGUGCCAUCCUGGAUGAGCUGCACUACCUGAGCCACUUGUGUGGGUUGUAGACUCCGUCUCAUGCUACCACUAGAGUGAAAGCACCGCCAGCAUUCAAAAGUGACCAAAACAUCAGCCAGGAAGCAUAGGAACUGAGAAGUGGUCUGUGGUCACCACCUGCAGAACCACUUCUGUAUUGGGGGUGUCUUGCUAAUUGCCUAUAAUUUCCACCUGUUGUCUAUUCCAUUUGCACAACAGCAUGUGAAAUGUAUUGUCAAUCAGUUUUGCUUCCUAAGUGGACAGUUUGAUUUCACAGAAGUGUGAUUGACUUGGAGUUACGUUGUGUUGUUUAAGUGUUCCCUUUUAUUUUUUUGAGCGGUGUAUUUGAAAUUCUUCAAAUAGCCACCCUUUGGCUUGAUGACAGCUUUGCACAAUCUUGGCAUUCUCUCAACCAGCUUCAUGAGGUAGUCACCUGGAAUGCAAUUCAAUUAACAGGUGUGCCUUGUUAAUUUGUGGAAUUUCUUUCCUUCUUAAUGCGUUUCAGCCAAUCAGUUGUGUUGUGACAAGGUAGGGGAGUAUACAGAAGAUAGCUCUAUUUGGUAAAAUACCAAGUCCAUAUUAUGGCAAGAACAGCUCAAAUAAGCAAAGAGAAACAACAGUCCAUCAUUACUUUAAGACAUGAAGGUCAGUCAAUACGGAACAUUUCAAGAACUUUGAAAGUGCAGUCGCAAAAACCAUCAAGCGCUAUGAUGAAACUGGCUCUCAUGAGGACCGCCACAGGAAAGGAAGACCCAGAGUCACCUCUGCUGCAGACGAUAAGUUAAUUAGAGUUACCAGCCUCAGAAAUUGCAGCCCAAAUAAAUGCUUCACAGAGUUCAAAUAACAGACACAUCUCAACAUCAACUGUUCAGAGGAGACUGCAUGAAUCAGGCCUUCAUGGUUGAAUUGCUGCAAAGAAACCACUACUAAAGGACACCAAUAAUAAGAAGAGACUUGCUUGGGCCAAGAAACACAAGCAAUGGACAUUAGACCGGUGGAAAUCUGUCCUUUGGUCUGAUGACUCCAAAUUUGAGAUUUUUGGAUCCAACCGCCGUGUCUUUGUGAGACGCAGAGUAGGUGAACGGAUGAUCUCCGCAUGUGUGGUUCCCACCUUGAUGCAUGGAGGAGGUGUGAUGGUGUAGGGGUGGUUUGCUGGUGACACUGUCUGUGAUUUAUUUAGAAUUCAAGGCACACCUAACCAGCAUGGCUACCACAGCAUUCUGCAGUGAUAUGCCAUCACAUCUGGUUUGCGUUUAAUGGGACUAUCAUUUGUUUUUCAACAGGACAAUGACCCAACACACCUCCAGGCUGUAUAAAGGCUAUUUGACCAAGAAGGAGAUUGAUGGAGUGCUGCAUCGGAUGAAAGUUUCUUCAAGUGCAGUCACAAAAACCAUCAAGCGCUAUGAUGAAACUGGCUCUCAUGAGGACCGCCACAGGAAUGGAAGACCCAGAGUUACCUCUGCUACAGAGGAUAAGUUCAUCAGAGUUACCAGCCUCAGAAAUUGCAGCCCAAAAAAAUGCUUCACAGAGUUCAAGUAACAGACACAUCUCAACAUCAACUGUUCAGAGGAGACUGCGUGAAUCAGGCCUUCAUGGUCGAAUUGCUGCAAAGAAACCACUACUAAAGGACACCAAUAAUAAGAAGAGACUUGCUUGGGCCAAGAAAUACGAGCAAUGGACAGUAGACCGGUGGAAAUCUGUCCUUUGGUCUGGAGUCCAAAUUGGAGAUUUUUGGUUCCAUCCGCCGUCUCUUUGUGAGAUACUUAACCAGCAUGGCUACCGCAGAAUUCUGCAGCGAUACGCCAUCCCAUCUGGUUUGGGCUUAGUGGGACUAUCAUUUGUUUUUCAACAGGACAAUGACCCAUGACAACUGAUCAAUGACAGCUCCAGGCUGUGUAAGGGCUAUUUUACCAAGAAGGAGCGUGAUGGAGUGCUGCAUCAGAUUACCUGGCCUCCACAAUCCCCCGACCUCAACCAAAUUGAGAUGGUUUGGGAUGAGUCGGACCGCAGAGUGAAGGAAAAGCAGCCAACAAGUGCGCCGCUUAUGUGGGAACUCCUUCAAGAUUGUUGGAAAAGCAUUCCAGGUGAAGCUGGUUGAGAGAAUGCCAAAAGUGUGCAAAGCUGUCAUCAAGGCAAAGGGUGGCUAUUUGAAGAAUCUCAAAUAUAAAAUAUAUAUUGAUUUGUUUAACACUUUUUUUGGUUACUACAUGAUUCCAUAUGUGUUAUUUCAUAGUUUUGAUGUCUUCACUAUUAUUCUACAAUGUAGAAAAUAGUAAAAAUAAAGAAAAACCCAUGAAUGAGUAGGUGUUCUAAAACUUUUGCAGUGAUCAUAAUCUUCACUCAUCGUAUUGCCUAGUGAGUGAUCAUAAUAUUUACUCAGACCACCCUUUACAUGUAUACCUGAGACUGAUAUUAGUUCUGUUUUCCCUACAGACUCAAAGAGCCUGGUCAAUGGGAACCAUCAGUCAGGAGCGUCCCAGUCGCACCACCCAGCUCCCGGUGAGAGAGUCUCCUGCUCUGAGCAUAGUGCCAUCGUCAGCUCCAUCGAAAAGGACCUCCAGGACAUCAUGGACUCCCUAGUCAUGGAUGAUCCCCAGCCUUCCGCUUCAGACUCAAAAAAGCCAGACCACCCCAUCCCCAACUCCCCGCUGUCCCCCAUGGUCAACGGAGGAGGCCGCAACCUCCUCUCCCCUCCCACCAGCCCGGGGGCUAUGUCAGUGGGCUCCAGCUAUGAGAACACCUCCCCGCCCUUCUCCCCCCUGUCCUCUCCAUCGGCGGCCAGCAGCGCAGGCAGCUACACCAGCCCUUCUCCCAGCGGCUGCCUGGACCCCCAGGACCCAUCUCUGCCCCCUGUGCCGGUCCGCUCAUCCAGCUACAACUACACAACUACACCGCCCAUCCCCCAGCCAAGGACCAUACUGACCAACUACAGCCCCGGCAGUGGGGUGCAGAGGGUUCCUGAGAGCCCCAGGCUCCAGAGGAAAGGUCUCCUGGAGGCCCCCCAAAGCCCCAAGCCGGCCCGCAGAGGCCAGAGCCUGGACAGCCCAGGGGGGAUGGGUUCAGAGGUUCCCAGACUGACCCACCUAUCUGUUGCAUCAGCCGAUGCCGGGUACAUGGGCAGGAACGCAGUGCCAAGUAGCCCCAGACUCACCUCCAAGUUCCCCUACGCCACCACGUCCUCCUCCCCAUCCAGCCCCAGGACGAAAGCAGGCACCAUCCUCCAGGAGAGUCCGGCCAGACCCUUCAGAGAGCAGGCGGACCGCUCCCUCACCUCCAGCUCUUCCAGACAGCUGCUAUCCCAGCCCAGCAGGGCCUUCCAGCCUCCCCUGGACCCCAUCGUCCACAUCAUCCAGGGGGGCUCUCCGCUCCAGCAGCACCACCCCUUCCCCCACCCCCUCACGCUGCAGCCCCCAGAGAGCCCUCGGCUGACCCGCAGGAACCUCGAGCUCAGCAGCGUUGGCGGCGGCGGGGGCAGCAGCAUGAGGGAACUCCCUCCUCUCAGCCCCUCCAUGGCCCGCAGAGGGGUGCCUGUUCUCCCGGGGGCUCUCCCUGGAAGUAUCCACACGUUGAGAACGCCCGAGAGCCCAUCAUCAUUGGGGAAGCUGGGAGUCCCGGAGAGCCCCAGGCUCCGACGCAAGGCCGGCUCCCCCCCUGAGGACCAGUUUGGCGGCAGUGUGGUCCGAGCCCGCAGCCCCUCCCCCACCUUGGGGCUGAUGAUGAUGGAGAGCGGGGGAGGGGGGAGGAAGGCCAGCAUUGGGAACGCCCUCUCCCCUGCUUACAGCCUGGGCUCCCUACCUGGCUCCUCGCCUCUCGCCAGCCCCAGGGGCCAUAGGAAGAUGUCCGGGGGGCCCCGGGAGCUGAGGGGCCCCCACCCGGGCAUGCGGGAGCGCAAAAACAGCAUCUCUGAGAUCAGCGACAACGAGGAUGAGCUGUUGGAGUACCAUCGGCGCCAGAGAGAGGAGCGGCUCAGGGAGCAGGAGAUGGAGAGACUGGUAAGUGGAGUGGCCUGCUCUUAACUGGAUCAACUGUUAGCUGUGAGUUAGGCUAGCUAUUCACACCACCAUUCAUCAUUGACUUACGUGAUACAGAGAUACAGGGUAAUAUCAAACUAGAAGUUUAUUUGAUUGGUUGAACCAUAUUUAUCCAAGUAAUACUAUCAAUUCAAUUACCAUUCAUUUUGAUACUGGUCCUCAAGAUGGUCUAGGCCUAGGGGAUAACUCAGCCGCCUGGGAAAUAUGCCCAAAUCCAGCUCCUGACGCUGACACAAAAAUCUGUCUCUGUCUCUUCUCUCUCUCCACUAUCUAACCAAUACAAAUAAAAUAUGAAAGGGUGAGAAUUCCCACCCUAAAAAACAAAACCGGAAGUUUGUUAGCUACUGGAUGUGCGGAGCUGUAGUUCGGCUUCUAGCCUUUUUUAACCAUCAUAUUUAGUCUAUCUCCACUCAAGUGUUCCUCCACAUGACCAGAAAACCAUUUGUUUAACCUAAAAGGAUGGGAGUGGAGAGCACAGUGAAGUCCAUAUUUGUGAGGAAAAGCGAGGAGUUUGGAUUGUAAAUCCAAUCUAAACUGCCGAUUUGCGGUGACUGAAUGUCUAGGUUUUUCCAUGGCCACCCCAUUGUUUGUUGUCCCUUUUUGCACUAAAAAGUGGGAGGGAGCGGUAGGCAUCUUGGAUCCAUCUGUGUCCCCAAUGAAGCGCCUGAGACAAUGUCCUUUAAAAUACUUUUUAUAUGCGUGUGCCUCUGUGUGAUAAACUCUUGUCUGCCUCCUUGUAGGUACACCAUAGCAAUAGAAUGACUAGAAUGGGAACCCCCCCCCAGACCUUGACAAUAUGAAGGUACAGUCAUGGGUACAUUCUAUUUCUAUGAGUAGGGUGCCCCUGCCAAAAUGAGGGCAGUUCUUUUUGGGCAGAGGAGGAAUGACGUGCCCUAGCCGCUCUCUGUGUACACUGGGCUACGCUCUGGUUCCCAACAGGAGCGUUACUUCCAUUACACAACAGUAAAACCAUCUCUGGCAAUCCCAGAAUGGACACAAUAUGUCUUUGUCUUCUCUGUCAACCCUGUGUGUUGGAGUAGGCUGCUGCCCUAAAUGUAAGAGAAAUGGCUCUGUUCCAAUUCAACGAGAAAAGCAAUUGCCAGGAUUGUCGGGAAGAAGGCAAUUUUUCUCAUCUAGAUCAAGUUAAUUAUAGUUCCUUUUUUUAUUAAGGACAACAAGGUCACCCAACCCUUAGGCCUAUCAGUUAAAUUGUUUGCAAUUCUCUCUGUAUGGAUAGUGUUUAAAUUGAAAGGAUGGUUAUUACAGUGAACCAUAACGACCUUUGGUCUUAACCUUGUGCCAUUAGACUGGUAAAUAUUGACAUAGGACAGAAUGUAAAUAGCAGAAGGAAUCUCGGGGAAUGUACAUAAGCAUUGCAGAUAAGUAAUGUAGCUUAUAAAGGGGGGGGGGGGGUACUAUGAAGGCGGACAGGUUGUAGAGACUUACAUUUUCUUUGUCACGUGCCAGUCUGACUUUCAAAAUGUAAGAGGAGGGUUUGGUGAAUUACGUAAUGCCUGCGUGAUUAGUAACCUUGUCUGAAGCCAGAAGGUUUGCAUUAGCUCCCUGAGCGAAUGCCUAGGCUUUAGCUUAGUGAGCUAGCUAUCACAAAUAUAACAAGAUUAAGCCCCUGGCAUAUGAGCUUUGCAACUGGUAUGAUAGUAUUUUCUAUUAUAUGCGUUCAUUGUGAACCCAGUUGUGCUCAGCUCAUGCAGCACUGAAUGAGGGAUUUGGAUCCCGUAACCAUUAUUACCAUGAGGUAUUUCUGCAUCCGUUCUGCAUCCAACCAAAGAUUCUGUUCUGUCUGGGUCUUUAAGAUCCAGCAACUAGACACAGACCGAACUGUGCAGAGCUAAGCAUGGCAUAAGGUCCUUGUAAGUGGAAGGCUUUAGACUCUUGCCGUGGUGAGAGAUGGCGAGAGGCAGCACAGCGAGCCAAGCGUGACACAGGUCCUCAGUGUCUCUCACUGGAGCUGCCAGGGGGAGUGCGGGUGGAUGGGGACGUCACCAUAUGACUGGCACAGUCAUUUCUUUUGGAGGGGUAUGGGGGAAGGGGAGGUGGGGGGCAGUGUACAGUCCAAUCAUCGAGGCUAUAUUUACCCCAAAAGAGCCACACUUUCUGUACCCAAGCGCUGUCUGUUUGUCUGCCCAGCUGUCUGUCUGUCUGCUCGCCGUCUGUCCAUCUGUCUGUCAGAAGUCAGUCUCCCAGCAACAUGCUGCAGGCCAAGCCAGGCCAGGGGUAACUAACUGCCCUUUGUCGCUGAGUUAUUUCCGGAUGAAGUCAGUCAGACCCUGGGGAUCAGUGUCAUGCCUGAAGCAAAGAGGUAUGCUGGGUACAGCUAUAUCCCUACAGAGGGAGGCAACACAGGCUCUCUCUGGCAUCCUGAUAAACUAACAGCACUGUUUAUACAUAGGACUUGUUUACUUUACCAAGGAUACAUAAUUAUUUGUGUGUUCUGGAAAGACAUUUGUGUGUUCUGUGGACCGAGAAAACAUAAGUGUUCACCAGGGACGACAUCAUUCAUACCAUUGACCGAGUGGCGCAGUGGUCUAAGGCACUGCAUCGCAGUGCUAGCUGUGCCACUAGAGAUCCUGGUUCGAGUCCAUGCUCUGUCGCAGCCGGCCGCGACCGGGAGACCCAUGGGCGGCGCACAAUUGGUCCAGCGUCGUCCAAGGUAGGGGAGGGUUUGGCCGGCAGGGAUGUGGGUUCGUUUCCCACGGGGGGCCAGUAUGAAAAAAUACAUGUAUGCAUUCACUAACUGUAAGUCGCUCUGGAUAAGAGCAUCUGCUAAAUGACCAACAUGUAAAUGUCUGUUUACAAUGUUUAUACAGCACCUUUAUUCUCUUUCAUCCAAGUAUCACGUGCCACAUAAACCAGUGAAAUGGUAUCUUAAGAUGUUAUUUUUGCCAGCCAAUCAGAGGUGAGCUCUAUGUCAUAUAGGAGUCCAGGCUGUUAAGGAUAUUAUUUCUCAUGUCUAAGCUGCCUUUGAGUUGUAGUGCUACACAUGGUUGCUUAGUGAAACACUGCCUUGGCAAACACACUUGGCAUAUGGCGUUAGUCACUGGCUUGCUGCUCUGACUGUCAGACAGAUAGUGUUCUGAAAACACCAGUCUACUGAAGAUGACCUCAUUGUUGUAAUGAGAGGUAAAGGAUGAUGUCGUCACAUAUUCCAUUACCUUAUAAUGCUGACAUGUUUCGUCAUGCUCACAGCGACAUUUCUAAACGUAGCUAAACAAAAAUACCCUAAUCUUUCAGCUGAGUGUCUCAGAAUUAGCAAGGAUACAAUUUAAGCUAUUAUUGUUAGUUCUCUCUAGCUCGAGGGACAUAUUUGUUAUCCUGAAGAAUUGAAUGACUUUUAUAUUUUGUAGUUCUUCUAGCAGUAUACAACUUUAUUAUUAUAACCACAUUUCAUCAUUAGGCCUAGAAUAUGAAGCAUCUAUGAAGGCUUAUACAUGUUUGUGUGUGUGUUUGCGUGGGUGCAUCCGUGUGUGUGUGUGUGUGUGUGUGUGUGUGUGGUUUAAAGCACGGUGGGUAUCGAGUUUACUAGCCAGGGCAAAUUAUAGUGAUCCCCACAGCUUGAUUGAGAAAAGUGAGUGAGUGAGAGAAAGGGUGGGGGAGAUACUGUCUACUUCACAGAUACAGAUAAUCUUGGUCAGUGGCAAAUCUCUCAUUCAGACUCCAUUUGAGGGGAAGCUAUUGUAAUCUAGUCUGUGUGAAUAACAAUAAAUAUGCUCUGUGUCUAUUUUAGGUUCUCUGUGUCAGUUCUACCGCCCCAUUGUCACGAUUUGCCAAAUACGACACGCUACCAUGCUGUUUCAAAGCAGUCAUUGGUUGGUUGCUUAAGACGGCAUGUGAGGUGAACAAAGAUAUGUUUGGCUAUCUGCAUUCAGAGAACAUUCAGUGAGGGGGAGGUCAUAGGGCUGUUUCAAUUAUCGUAUAAUUGUGUAACCGACAAUUAUGGACAUUUUGUUUUCGUCAGAACCGUCUUAAUACAUUCAUUUUAGAUGAAGGGGGAUUAAACUUUAUAUUCAAGUAGAUAAAGUUUACCCAAUAGCAGUUUUUCAUUUUUACACGAAUUGGGUAAAUCAUUUUAUGAGCAGAUCGGCACGGUCGGGAGGAGAAGCUUCAUUUCCAAAAGUUGCAAGCGGUCAAAAACAUUUGUUUUUGAGACGGGUGUCACCAAAGCUUUGUUGUAUUCAUUAAGUAUCUCGUAGUGAGUUUUCAAAAAAUGUAUGCACGCAUGACUAAGUCGCUUUGGUUAAAAGCGUCUGCUAAAUGGCAUAUUAUUAUUAUUAUUAUUAUUAUGCACUAUGAUGCAUUACAAGCUCAAAACAUUUGUUUUUAUACAAAUGUAAAUUAUGACAAUAACCGCAGCCAUUUUCAUGACAAUUAAUCGUUACCCCAAAUCCCAUAAACAUUACAGCCCUAGGAGAGGACACCUCUGUCUGAAAAGGGAUAGUUCAGACAUUAUUGUCUUGACAAAAAAAACGUUGUCUAAAAAAGUAUAGUCUUUCCACUAGAGGGGGUAUCCUCACCUUACUGUAUUUUAGUAGAGCUCCUGCGCUAUGGUCUCCCAAGGGACUGCAGAAACAAGUCUCAAGACUAGAGCAUUGUAAACAAAUAGGCCCCCAAUAGCCUACUUCAUUAAAAACCACAACUUGUUUUUCUGAUCUGUUGAUUUGGCUGUAGGAUUCUUUUAGAUUUGAUCAAUUCUAUUAGGAUAUUAAUAUUAAUCAGUAACUGAGGCAUGGUUAUGUAAGCCACAUCCCAUUUGAGGAAGUCAGCCCCAUGUAGUGAGCUCUGACCCCUCCCCAUAGUGUCUAAGCCCCUCCCCCUGGGCCGGAGGACAGAGGAAGGAUCUCCAUCCGAGCUCUGUUCAAAUGUGAGGAGGUGAAUCACAACUGAACAAGCCAGCACUGAGAACAGAACCUAGCAAUAGAACCACUGUGCAGCCACAGCUUACUGCACAUACUACACUGAUCUAGGACCAGUAAUGGAGCGACGUAAAGUCCUCAGUGGAAGCGGAUCGGAAGCACACAGAGUGGGACAGAGCAGGGACCAAGCCAUGCUGUACUUACUCUCUCUGGCUCAGGAGGACCCAGCUUUCCUCACCAAUGUGGCUGCACUCAUGAAG